GUUUCCAGUCACGAUGGGACGUGUUAUCAGGGGACAGAGAAAAGGUGCCGGUUCCGUCUUCAAAGCCCACGUGAAGCACAGAAAAGGUGCAGCUAAACUCAGACACAUUGACUUCGCAGAACGUCAUGGUUACAUCAAGGGAAUCGUGAAGGUAAAUGCUCUCACAAUAGCUUUUGCUGUUAAAAUAUACAAGGUUUUCUACAAGGUCACAUGUUGCGUUUGCCAUGCAUUGUUUUAAGUAGUUUAUUUGGUGUAGCACCAUCUGCUUUGGACCUGACUUGAUCUUUGUCUCUCUCAGGACAUUAUCCAUGACCCUGGCCGUGGUGCUCCCCUGGCCAAGGUGGCUUUCCGUGACCCCUACCGGUUCAAGAAGAGGACGGAGCUGUUCAUUGCUGCUGAGGGCAUCCACACCGGACAGUUCAUCUACUGUGGCAAGAAGGGUAAGGAAUGAAGAUAGACACAGGGUUGUUAGUAUGUGUCAAACAUACUAAUGCUAUGCUGGUUAGAUGGCACUUGUCUUCUCUUCUAGGAUAUUUUAUCCCACUACAAUGUGAAUAACUGGUACCUUAAUAACAAUAUCCCCCCUCUCAGCUCAGCUGAACAUUGGUAAUGUCCUGCCCGUGGGCACCAUGCCUGAGGGAACCAUCAUCUGCUGCCUGGAGGAGAAGCCUGGCGACAGGGGCAAGCUGGCCAGGGCGUCCGGGAACUACGCCACAGUCAUCUCCCACAACCCAGAGACCAAGAAGUCCAGAGUCAAGCUUCCCUCUGGCUCCAAGAAGGUCAUUGCAUCCGCAAACAGAGCUGUCGUUGGUAAGAACACAGGAUAUGACAUGUUUUGCUCUGUGUAUGUUAGCUGAAGGUUUCAGAGAAGAUGGUUCCUGAUUAAUGGCGAGAGGUGGACGCAUUACCUACAUUUUGAUCUUUGACUACAAACGUUUGACAUUGAUGCUUUGGUGUGGUCAGUGGAAUGUUGUUUUGAUGUACCUUAUGUUAAUCUGUAGAUAGUUUCUCAUAAACUGGGUCCAAUGUAAAGUUUGGUCUGUCAAAUUAACUACCAUCUCUUGAAUCAUUGAAACGGAAGGAAUCAGCUCUGAUUUCCAGCUGCACUGUAUGCACAGUGUUUUGGAUGGAUGUGAUGACUGGUCGUUUAUUUGCGAAGUUUGUAGGCAGAUAGUUUAGCUAGAGACCAGAAAACUUAAGUGGCUACAAUUCUGAUUUGCUGUUCAGAAUACAGGUCUGCUACAAGUCAUCGCAUGUGACAUGGUUGCUUUCAGAGCAUAUUGGCUGGGUAGGGAAUCCUGUCCUACUGUCCACCUGCGUAAUGGUUCUCUCUCCUCUGGGCAUCAGGUGUGGUUGCCGGAGGUGGACGUAUUGACAAGCCCAUCCUGAAGGCCGGUCGUGCCUACCACAAGUACAAGGCCAAGAGGAACUCCUGGCCACGUGUUCGUGGUGUGGCCAUGAACGUAAGUGGACAUUUCAUCUUCUGCAUAUUUCUUUUUGGGUAGGUUCAGGUAUUUUUCAUCCAACCCAAUGUUUAAGGUUCAAUUUGGAUCUUAAAAGUUAUACCUCAAGUGGUUAUUUUUCCAGAGAUAGUUUCUUCUCUGUACCUGAUGUACCUCAAAAGGUAUGUAAAUGGCCCUUUGCUGACAUGUUUCUUCCCUCUUUCUAGCCCGUUGAACAUCCCUUCGGUGGUGGUAACCACCAGCAUAUAGGCAAACCCUCAACUAUAAGGAGGGAUGCACCCGCUGGUCGCAAGGUCGGUCUCAUUGCUGCCCGUCGUACAGGCAGACUGCGUGGAACAAAGACCGUCACGGAGAAGGAGAACUAACUCCCUUUACAAUAAAAUAUGUUCCAAGGAAGCUGA